CCCACUAUUUCUGUGGCUCAGACACUGACGUGUAUCUCUGUGCUCUGGGUGAUGACGUGUCCUGAACACGCUCCUCUCAUAGAGCUAACUUACUGACCGGUGAUUGCUAACCGCUAGAUUGGGACCGUCAUCAGAGGAACACCAUGGCCAUUAAAUUCCUGGAGGUGAUAAAGCCAUUCUGUGCGGUUUUACCUGAGAUCCAGAAACCAGAAAGGAGGAUUCAGUUCAGAGAAAAGGUGUUAUGGACAGCAAUUACCCUGUUCAUCUUUCUGGUGUGCUGCCAGAUUCCCCUCUUUGGAAUCAUGUCUUCAGACUCAGCAGAUCCCUUUUAUUGGAUGAGAGUGAUUCUGGCAUCCAACAGAGGAACUCUGAUGGAGUUGGGUAUCUCUCCUAUUGUGACGUCUGGUCUAAUCAUGCAGCUGCUGGCUGGAGCUAAAAUCAUUGAAGUUGGAGACACACCUAAAGACCGAGCGCUCUUCAACGGAGCUCAGAAACUCUUUGGCAUGAUCAUCACCAUUGGCCAGGCUAUUGUGUAUGUAAUGACUGGCAUGUAUGGAGACCCUUCAGAGAUGGGUGCGGGAGUCUGCCUCCUCAUCAUCAUCCAGCUGUUUGUGGCCGGUCUGAUCGUGUUGCUGCUGGAUGAGUUGCUGCAAAAGGGUUACGGUUUGGGCUCUGGUAUCUCUCUCUUCAUUGCCACAAACAUCUGUGAGACAAUCGUAUGGAAAGCGUUCAGCCCAACCACAGUCAACACAGGAAGAGGUACUGAGUUUGAGGGAGCCAUUAUUGCUCUGUUCCACCUGUUGGCCACUCGUACUGAUAAAGUGCGAGCUCUGAGAGAGGCCUUCUACAGACAGAACCUGCCCAACCUCAUGAACCUCAUCUCUACAGUCUUUGUCUUUGCUGUAGUCAUAUACUUCCAGGGCUUUAGAGUCGACCUCCCUAUUAAAUCGGCACGUUACCGUGGCCAGUACAACACAUAUCCAAUCAAACUCUUCUACACCUCCAACAUUCCCAUCAUCCUGCAGUCUGCACUGGUGUCCAAUCUUUACGUCAUCUCUCAAAUGCUCUCCACUCGCUUCAGCGGGAACUUCUUGGUCAACCUGCUGGGGACUUGGUCGGAUAGCUCAAGUGGAGGGCCAGCUCGUGCUUACCCAGUAGGUGGUCUGUGCUACUACCUCUCUCCCCCAGAGUCUUUUGGUACAGUUCUGGAUGAUCCAGUUCAUGCCAUCAUUUACAUCAUCUUCAUGCUGGGAUCCUGUGCCUUCUUUUCUAAGACCUGGAUUGAGGUGUCUGGAUCCUCUGCUAAAGAUGUCGCCAAACAACUGAAAGAACAGCAGAUGGUUAUGAGAGGACACCGAGAAACUUCUAUGGUCCAUGAACUCAACAGGUACAUACCCACUGCUGCAGCUUUUGGAGGCCUCUGCAUAGGUGGUCUGUCAGUCAUGGCUGACUUCCUGGGAGCCAUCGGUUCAGGAACUGGAAUUUUGUUGGCCGUCACAAUCAUAUACCAAUACUUUGAGAUCUUUGUGAAAGAACAGAGUGAAGUGGGCAGCAUGGGUGCUCUCCUCUUUUAGUACGGCCCUCUGUGACCACAUCAGACUGUCUGAAUUUAUAAGGUUAAGUUCUUUUGUAUUAUUUUUGUUUUAUUAAAUGCACAAAUUCAAUGUUCUACAUCAAGGAUGUUUUCCCACUGUGCGUCUGAUCCUGACCUGUAGUGGCUCGCUUUGCACCAGAGUUGCAGACUGAAUUGUGUUUUGCUCUCUUGGGGAAAAUAUGGCAGCUUGAUAUCUCUGUAUUAAGUAUGGGAAUGUAACCAUCCACUCUUUCUGUUUAUUUUUUAUUUUUUAUUUUUUUUUAAUCUCCCAAGCCAGUAUCUAUCUAUAGAUGUUUCGGAUUCUAUGUAAUUCCAUUCAAUUAUGCAUAAUAGAAGAAACAUGUCCAAACCUGAUCCACAUUUGAUACGCCCUGCAGUUGUCUCUUUGUGUGAUGAGGUAAGCACAAUGUUAUGUCAUGGCAACAGUUGAUAUGAUGUAAAUAAAAAUAGAUUUUUACGGUUGGUAUGCACACUUUUGCCCGCUGAGUGUGAAAACAUUGGAUUGGUUGUUAAAAUUUGCCCAGGUUUAUCAAUGCCAUUUCUUUGAGAUUUCUGCAUUGGAUUUGUUGAGGUUUUGCCAACAAUUUUUCCAUUAUAUUUAUGUUUGUUGUUUUUCUUCUUGUAUCUACAAGCUAUUGUAAAAUAGUUCUGUGCAUUUCAGGAACACUACUUAAUGUUUCUAUUAUCGCCCCCCUUUUAGAUCUAAUUAGCUUUGGUUUCUUUUAGUGGACCAAAUGCUGCAGAAACUGCCUGUUUAUGAAUAUGCCAGUUUUGAUAUGAGAGGAUGUGGUUUGUAAUAGUGUUUCAUUUGUUGUUUUCUUAUACAGACCACAGUAUUAAAAUUUGUUGCGAAUA